ACUAAAUGGUUUAGUGUCAUGGAAUUCCCCCUCGUGGGUCUGCUGAGUAAGGGGAAGUCUUAAGUGGUUUCUGCCCUAGGAGUUCCCCUAGAAUGAGGAAAGCACCUCAUUCAAAGGUCGGGGGGCGGGCUAAAAGAGGGAGGAACUGAGAUGAUUUAAAAAGUCUCAUUACUGAACAGUGCUGAACCCUUUGCCGUAGUCAGUGGUUCUAACAGUCAUCAGAGAAGACGUAAUUAACAUUUCUUGCUUGGAGAAGCAGAUUUUGCAGGAAGAAGAAAGAACCUUCUCUUUUUUUUUUCUCCCCUUUUUCUUCUGUGGACCAAAAAUACCAAAAUGGAGACCUAAACCCUUAGAAGGGACAAAGUCUAAACUUGGGGAGGUAGUUUUGUGCAUAAAUAAUUAAAAUUAUUGGUACCUAAUGAUUGUUAAAUUUUGAAACAUGGUUCAAUGAUAAGUAGUCUAACAAAAUUAAUGAUAUCUCAUUUUGGCAUAUAGAAAAUAUAAGUGGUCAUUUUAAGGACAUCAGUGUACAGCAAUAAUCCUUUGAAGAUUACUCAGUGCUAUCAGCUAAAAAUGAAUUCUUUAGAGCAAGGGAUUAAUCUCAAAUUUUUUGCGAAGUUAACUAAAUCUUUAAAACAGACAUGUGUCAUGUUAAAGAAGAUUUGUGACUGGAAUGAAAAGUUAAAAGAAAGCAGGGAAGAAGUCAGUGGUGAUACAUGAAAUAGUUGUCUAAACACCUGUAAGACCAAUGAAGACCACAGAAUGAAGGAAUUCUAGAAUUGGAAAGGACCUCAGAGAUUGCUUAAUCCAACUCCUAUACAGUAGAUAAAUUCCUAAGGGGUCAUGUGACUUCUAUUUGAAAGUAUCUAUUGACUCAAAUAACUCACACAAAGCAACUGAACUCUGCCUUCCUGGUAACAUCUAAGAUAUUGUCUGAUCAACAUAGAUUACACUAAGACUAGGAGACAGAUGCUGAAAGGGUCUGAGAUUUAGUUCACUCACAUAGCCAUAGCAAGAGUGAUGGAUGAAAAGUUAAAUUAGAUCAAGAUGGAUUUACUCUUGAAAAAAAAAAAAGAAUGCUACUGUUGUAAAUAUGAUGUAUUUUGUAAAUUUGGCAUUUUUAUUUUCAAGAAAAGUUUGACAAAAUAGAAUUAUUUCUUGAUUAUAGAGAGCUGUGUAAGUAAAACUUUAAAUUGGGUUAACAAUUUAAGACUGGUGGUAUGUUGUUGUCUCUGUAAUGAGAAAUAAUGUAUGUUUCUCACUAUCUGAGGGCCAGAAACACUACAUAUCUCUAAAGGUAGCUUAGCUUAACCAUUAAGUUUCUAUAAUGGCACAUAUUCUAAUUUCAAAGUUAGAUCCUUUUUGAAAGUAUGUGAAAGUCUCUACCAUAAUAAAAUUUAGACUAUCUCUACUAAACAAGUAUCUGGCAUGGAAAAUUACAAAGAAUUUCAUUUCCAGGUUUUUAGCUUCGUAUUAAAAACAUAUAGCUUGCACAAAACUACCUCCCCAGAGAAAGACUUGUCCCGUUUUUGCUCACAAAAUCUCAUGAACAUAUUAGAAAAUAGCAUGUUCUUAUUAAAUAUGAAUACCAGUAACCUAUGUGAAUUGAAAUAUGACUUUUCUUGUGAACUCUACAGAAUGUCUACAUAUUCUACUUUCCCAGUCAACGUUCCAAUCUCAGAAAGGAGUCUUGCUCGAGCUGGAUUUUAUUACACUGGUGUGAAUGACAGAGUUAAAUGUUUCUGUUGUGGCUUAAUGCUGGAUAAUUGGAAACAAGGAGACAAUGCCAUUGACAAACAUAAACAGCUUUAUCCCAGCUGUGCAUUUAUUCAGAAUUUGAUUGCAGUUAACCUGGAAUCUUCUCAGUCCACAUUUUCUUCAUUGAAUAAUGCCACACGUUCAUUAUCUUCCAGUUCAGGACAGAGUGGAUAUUUCAGUGGUUCUUAUUGCAGUUUCCCACUGGAGCCAGUGACUUCCAGAGCAGUUGAGGACUUGUCCCCUUUGAAUGCCAGCCCCUACAGUUAUUCAAUGAGUACUGAGGAUGCCAGAAUUCUAACUUAUCAGACAUGGCCAUUGACAUUUCUGUCACCAUUAGAUCUGGCAAGAGCUGGUUUUUACUACAUAGGACCUGGAGACAUGGUAGCUUGCUUUGCUUGUGGUGGGAAACUGAGUAAUUGGGAGCCAAAAGAUGAUGCCAUGUCAGAACAUCGAAGACAUUUUCCUAACUGUCCUUUCCUGGAGAAUCACAUCCGAGAAACAUCAAGGUUCAGUGUUUCCAAUCUGAGCAUGCAAACCCAUGUAGCCCGUAUGAAAACCUUUGUGACCUGGCCACCUCAAAUUCCAGUUCAUCCAGAGCAGCUUGCAAGUGCUGGCUUUUAUUAUGUGGGUUGCAAUGAUGAUGUCAAAUGCUUUUGCUGUGAUGGUGGAUUGAGAUGCUGGGAAUCUGGAGAUGAUCCUUGGGUGGAACAUGCCAAAUGGUUUCCAAGGUGUGAGUACUUGAUCGAAAAUAAGGGACAACAAUUCAUCAAUCAAAUUCAGGCUAGCUAUCCUCAUCUUCUUGAACAGCUGCUAUCUACAUCGGGUACUCCAGUGGAUCAAAGUGCUGCGCUACCAAUUUAUUUUGGGCCAGCAGAAAAUCAUUCAGAAGAUGCAGUCAUUAUGAAUACAUUUGUUGUCAAAGCAGCUUUGGAAAUGGGCUUUAAUAGAAGACUAAUAAAACAGACAGUUCAGAAUAAAAUCUUAACAAGUGGAGAAAACUACAAAACAAUCAGUGAUCUUGUAUCAGAUUUACUUAAGGGAGAAGAUGAAACAAAGGAAGAGGAAAAAGAAGCUAAAGAAAUAGAAUCAGUGGAAAAGAACAUAAAGUAUAUUCCAGCACCAGAUGUUUCAGACUUGUCAGUAGAAGAACAGUUGAGGCGAUUACAAGAAGAAAGAACAUGCAAAGUUUGUAUGGACAAAGAAGUAUCAGUUGUCUUUAUUCCUUGUGGACACCUAGUAGUUUGCAAAGAAUGUUCACCUUCUCUAAGAAAAUGCCCUAUUUGUAGAAGUACAAUCAAGGGUACAGUUCGUACAUUUCUUUCAUAAAGAAAAAUAAUCUUCCAAACUUUUAUAGCUAAGGAUUUGAAAUAUCUUAAAACUUCAAAAGCAAAGAUUGUUAUUUGUACCUGCUUAAUGAAGUCUAUUCCCUCUCUCCCACCAAAAAUAAAUUAUCAUAUUGAAUUUAUUACUCUUUGUCAUAAGAUUGGGAGAAUAGGGAGUUGAGAAGAUGGCAGGAGAUAUCACAGUUUACUCCUGAACAAAGAAAUAUAAAAUAUUAGAGGGGUUGUAAUAAUUUCAUGCUUCACAGGUAUGCAAUUUGUAAAUAAACUUUUAAGAGUUUUUAUAACUGAAAAA